AUGUCGUACCAGCAGCAACAGCACCAGUACCCUCCCAAUGCCCCGGCUACGGUCCUCCCCCCGGCGAGUACGGAUAUCCUCAGCAGGGCUAUCCUCCCCCAGGGUUACCCCCAGCAGGGCUACGGUGGCCCCCCUCCUCCCGGCGGUAUGCAAUACCAGCAGCCCCAGCCUCAGCCGCAACAGAAGAGCAGCAGUAACCAGGGCUGCCUCGGCGCUUGCUUGGCCACUCUGUGCUGUUGCUUCGUCUGCGAAGAGGGCUGCGAGUGCUGCGCCGACUGCAUCGAGUGCUGUGAGAUGUGCUAA